AUGUCUGAAGCAAAUACUCCAGUUUCAACCUCUACUUCCAGUACAGCAAACAGAAAUGAGUCGUCCACACACGCAGAUGAAAUUAAAAACUGGGAUACAGAUAAACUUAUCAAAUUUUUAGAAUGCCAGAACUUAAACCUCAAAAAGCAUCAUUUCGACAUUAUUCGUGACCAAGAAAUAACUGGUUAUACUUUUCUUGAUUUUACUGAACAAAAAUUCCGAGAAUGCGGGUUAAAGGUAGGACCAGCAUCAGACCUGGCAAAGUUCGUUAGGGAAUUUAAAGAGAAAAAAAGGCGCUCGUUCUCUUCGUAUAAGACUCAAAAAGACUUGAAAGAGAUCUUAAUGAAGCAUGGGAUAGAUGGUAAUGGUAUAGCAACAUAUCCGCUUAAAGAUGACGAUGAGGAAUUGCAACAAUGCAUAAAGGAAAUUAAGCGUAAAUUGGGAAACAUGGGGACUAUACUUGCUGAUAGCAACGAAGCCAUGAGGUGUGAAUAUAUUUCACCUAUCCUUCACGCUUCACUCUAUAUUGUCAAGAGAAUAACAAAAAAAGAGCUUAGUAUAGCUCCUCAGCUUGAAGUUGUUGGUGAAGAAAACACCGGUCGUGUAGACUAUGCUAUUAAGGCUCUCGAAGAACUUAUUUACAUCACGGAAGGGAAGUUGCACCAAGUAACCAUGGGUUUUGCCCAGAACCUGGUCCAGUGCGAAAGUGCAUUGCAAGUAAACAAGAAAAAACGUAAAGCAGAUGAUGCAUUUGGGGAAUACUUUGAUUAUAUUUAUGGAAUU